CAUGAACUCCCUCUUCCAGUCCUCCCUUUCCACCCUUGAACAGAAGCUAAGCACUCUACUCAACAGCCUCACGACCUCUCCCACCGCGGCGGGUGCCCCAGCAGCCGCAAUCGCUCUCCUCGAGGCCGACGACACCAUCACCUACGCCAUCACAACCCUCCGACAACACCAGGAGAAUUAUGCGAGGAUCCUACAGCUUCGCGCGGAGGCAGAGAAACUAGAGCAGAGAGUCAAGGGGGUCGUGCAGGAUAUUGAGGCGUAUGACAAAGAGAUCAGGACUGCAUGCGGAGACGACGGUGAGAGCAAUACGGACAGUGACACCGAUGCUGAUAGCGAUAUCGAGGGACGUAGUCCUGGAUCUGGUGAGAAUGUCCGAAAAACAAUCAAAGAAGUUGAUUAUAAACUACUGCUCGAUUUUGCGCGUCGGAUAAGCAAAUACAAUCAUGAAGCUGUUGCUGAUCUCGCGGGUGCCGGUGCUGGGGAAUCUGGACCUGGGACUGAGUCGUCUAAGAGAUUGCAAAAACAGGCGCAGCAGGAUACCAUAAUGACGGGGACAACAGACCACGUUGUAACUCCCGGCGCGGCUGGGACAGAACCGGUGUCGUCCGUGACGCGAGACGCGACGAAAUGGUUAGAUGAAUCUGCGGACCAGACGCGCCAGGUCUACAUGCUGCCGUACCCGAUGGAAGAACGGAUCCGAAUGGGUCUAAUGGGACAGAUUCAGCUCGCUGCCGCGGAGGGACGUUUCGAACCCGACAAGGAAGUGGAGAGAUUGAUACGUGAGGCUGAGGGUCUUGGGAUCGCUGAUGAGCAUGUUGCGGCACCGGCACCGGCACUGCAGCCAUCUAUAGAGAGUGAUACGAUCCGUCGAGCGGAUGAGGCUGCGGCUGCAGCUGUCCAUGUUGGAUCUACCGUUACUUCGGGACAUGUUGGAGGAGGAGGAGCGGCCCCGGCACCUAAACCGAGUGUUACGCUUGAUUUGGACCUUUAUGAUCCCGAAAAUGAUGAUAUAUGAUUCUAUGAAAUGAUGAUUACGAGAUAUGAGGCUUCGACGUCUCAUAACGAUAAGCAUAGCGUUCUGCUUAUCUGUCUUUCAAAAUGGCAAAAGAUGAGAGGGAAAAUAUAGACAAUGCAACAAGAGAUGGUUGGAUUCCGGAUACUCAGGAUAUCCUGCAACCCGGCAUAAAGUAAAGGUUGUGCGUCGCUUUCAUUUGCUUCGAUAUUGUGCUCCAUCUCUUCCAUGCCUCCAUAAGACUAUGCUUCAUAAUAUCUCGUCUGCCUGCUAAACCA